AUGUUGAGGGAUUUUCAAAAUCCAGCGAAACCAGGUGUGGCUAUGCCGGUCGUUGGUGGGGAAGAUAGAUACAGAUCGAUGUCGCUUCUUGAAACAAGUUGUAAUACUUGUGUUUACUCUGGUGGCUCUCUAAGUCUCGACAAGAUCGAGCCGUUGUUGCUGAAUCAAAACACUGUUGAUUGCACCGGAGAAUCGAGCAGUGGUGUUGGAAUCUUUUGCAGAAAAUAU